CCACAUAUUCCGAGGCCCUUGUGCUGUCAGCAGAGAGGAAAGGCAGGGUUUUCAUCAUCGCUCUGUUCAGGCUGACAAGGUGUGUCGGCGUGCUGAGGAGGAAAUUACCGGAGACAGCGAGCUGUCCCGUUGUUUAUGGUCGCGCCUUGCUGUCAGCCCGCAGUGCCAAAGUCUCAUCAUCUCUGCCGAGGAUGCCGCAAACAAACAAGUCAAGAAACACCUCUGCGUCUGACUCCUCCGGCUCGGUCCAAGCCUGCGCCUCGGCUAUGGACACAGAUCCUGCGUCCAGGGAGGAGAACCAGGCUGUGGUGGGCUCAGAGGGAGGAGGAGGAGAAGACAAUGUUGGAGACAGCGAGAUCAUCAAGUCCCCCAGUGACCCUAAGAAGUACAGGUACAUUGUGCUAGACAACGGUCUUCGAGCUCUGCUCAUCUCAGACUACAAUGGACCAAUGGCGUCAGAAGAUGACACUUCAGAUGGAGAAGAUGAAGGUGAGGAGGAGGAGGAAGAGGAGGAGGAGGAGGAGGAGGGCGAAUCUGGAGAUGAAUCUGAGGACGAGUCCGGGGAAGAUGACGAGCAUCAAGGCAGUGACGAUGACGACCAGGAGGGGAAAAAGAAGAAAGGAAAUGCUGAGAAACAGUCUGCAGCAGCUCUGUGUGUGGGUGUGGGCAGCUUCAGUGAUCCCGGUGAUCUCCCCGGCCUCGCUCACUUUUUGGAACACAUGGUGUUCAUGGGCAGCGAGAAGUACCCCUCAGAAAAUGGCUUUGAUGCCUUUCUCAAGAAGCAUGGGGGGAGCGACAACGCCUCCACCGACUGUGAGAGGACAAUCUUCCAGUUUGAUGUCCAGCGGAAGAACUUCAAAGAGGCUCUUGACAGAUGGGCGCAGUUCUUCAUCUGCCCCCUGAUGAUUCGAGACGCCAUUGACAGGGAAGUGGAGGCCGUCGACAGCGAGUACCAGCUGGCUAAGCCAUCUGACUCCCAUAGGAAGGAGAUGCUGUUUGGCAGUCUGGCCAAGCCUGGACACCCUAUGGGCAAGUUCUGCUGGGGGAACGCGCAGACUCUGAAGCAGGAGCCCAAGAAGCAAAAGAUCAAUGUGUAUAAGCGUCUGCGUGCGUUCUGGAAGAAGCACUACUCGGCCCACUACAUGACUCUGGCUGUGCAGUCAAAAGAGAAGCUGGACACUCUGGAGGAGUGGGUGAGAGAGAUCUUCAGCAAGGUGCCGAACAAUGGUCUUCCAAAGCCAGAUUUCUCCGACAUGCUGGAUCCCUUCGACACACCAGCCUUCUGCAAGCUUUACAGAGUCGUUCCUGUGCGGAAGGUUCAUGCCUUGAACAUCACGUGGGCUCUUCCCCCUCAGGAGAAAUACUACAGAGUGAAGCCUCUCCACUACAUCUCUUGGCUGAUUGGCCAUGAAGGCACAGGAAGCAUCCUCUCGCUGCUUCGGAAGAAGUGCUGGGCCCUGGCUUUGUUUGGAGGAAACAGUGAAACUGGCUUUGAUCAAAACACCACCUACUCCAUCUUCUCGAUCUCCAUCACCCUCACAGACGAGGGUUUCCAAAACUUCUACCAGGUGACUCAGCUGGUGUUCCAGUACCUGAAGAUGCUGCAGACACUCGGACCACAGCAAAGAAUAUAUGAAGAGAUUCAGAGGAUCGAAGCGAAUGAGUUUCACUAUCAGGAGCAGAUUGACCCUAUAGAGUACGUGGAGGACAUCUGCGAAAACAUGCAGCUUUUCCCUAAAGAAGACUUCCUGACAGGAGAUCAGCUCAUGUUUGAGUUCAGUCCAGAAGUGAUCAGCGCUGCUCUGUCCCUCCUCACCCCCGAGAAAGCCAACCUGAUGCUGUUGUCACCAGAACACGAGGGCCAGUGUCCCCUCAGGGAGAAGUGGUUUGGCACACAAUACAGCAUGGAAGACAUUCCGCCGGAGUGGAUGGAGCGCUGGACGGGGGACCUCCAGCUGAACAAUGAUCUGCACCUCCCCGCCGAGAACAAGUUCAUCGCCACCGACUUCACCCUGAAGCCGUCCGACUGCCCGGACACCGACUUCCCGGUCCGGAUCGCCGACAGCGACAGAGGCUGCCUGUGGUACAAGAAGGACAACAAAUUCAAAAUCCCCAAAGCCUACAUCAGAUUCCACAUCAUAUCGCCAGUAAUCCAGCAAUCUGCUAAGAACGUCGUCCUGUUUGACCUGCUGGUCAACAUCCUGGGCCACAACCUGGCCGAGCCUGCCUACGAGGCCGAAGUGGCCCAGCUGGAGUAUAAGCUGGUGGCUGCGGAGCACGGCCUGUUCAUCAAGGUUAAAGGCUUCAACCACAAGCUGCCACUGCUUUUCCACCUGAUCAUCGACCACCUGGCCGACUUCUCAGCCUCCCCCGGCGUCUUCAGCAUGUUCGCGGAGCAGCUCAAAAAAACCUAUUUCAACAUCCUGAUCAAGCCCGAUAAACUCAGCAAGGAUGUCCGUCUGCUGAUCUUGGAGCACUCUCGCUGGUCCAUGGUGGAGAAGUACCAGGCUCUCACAGCCGGCCCGACCAUGGAGGAGCUGAUGGAGUUCAGCCGACGCUUCCGAGCCGAGCUGUACGCCGAGGGUCUCGUUCAGGGGAACUUCAACAGCGCAGAAUCGAUGCAGUUCCUGCAGUAUGUCACAGAGAAGCUGCAGUUCUCCAAGCUGUCAGAGGAGGUGCCGGUGAUGUUCAGAGUGGUGGAGCUGCCUCCCAAACACCACAUCUGUAAGGUCAAAUCGCUGAAUAAAGGAGACGCCAACUCCGAGGUCACGGUGUAUUACCAGUCUGGACCCAAGGCUUUAAGAGAGCACACGCUAAUGGAGCUGCUGGUGAUGCACAUGGACGAGCCCUGCUUUGACUUCCUCAGGACUAAAGAGACCCUGGGCUACCACGUCUACCCCACCUGCAGAAACACCUCGGGCGUCCUGGGUUUCUCCGUCACCGUGGAAACGCAAGCCACCAAGUUCAACACGGAGCUGGUGGAGUUAAAGAUUGAAGAAUUCCUGGCUUCAUUCGGGGAAAAGCUAAACGCGCUGACAGAGGAGGCCUUCACCACUCAGGUGACCGCUUUAGUGAAGCUGAAAGAGUGUGAGGACACACACCUCGGGGAAGAGGUGGACAGGAACUGGGCCGAGGUGGCCACACAGCAGUAUGUGUUUGACAGGCUCAACAGAGAGAUCGAGGCGUUGAAGCAGAUGACCAAAGCCGAGCUCAUCUCCUGGUUCCAGGAUCACCGUGGACAAAACAGCCAUAAACUCAGCGUCCAUGUGGUGGGAUUCGGCGCCGAAGAGAACGACGAGGAGGGCGGCGGCGGCACGAAGGAGGAAGGGGAAGAAGGCAAAGGGGAGGACGCGAGCGGCUCCGCCUACGGCGAAGUGUCCAAACUCACCUUCCUCCCCGCCUCAGCCAAGCUGCCGGACGCCGUCGCCAUCAUGGACAUCCCCGCUUUCACCGCCGGCCUCCCGCUCUUCCCCUACCACAAAAUCGUCCAGUAGACCCGUCCUCCGACGGAGACCAAGCGGACUGGCUGGGCUCCGCCUCUCACCGAGCCACGUUCAGGGACGCCGCCUCGUUAGAGAUGCAGGCACUUCAUAUGCGGCGAAGGAAGGUCGAAACGGCGCCGGCUCCCCUCCGGACCCGGACUCGCCGUAGGUUUUAACCACACUGUGUGAAUAAGCAAGAAGCUUUGGAGUGAUGAUGGAGCUUUUUUUUUUUCUUUUAGCUAAAGUGAUAAUGUAUUCUGCUUUCUUCACACUCAAUUAUUUUAUAUCCUUAGACGCAGAGAGUGGUAGCGCUCCGCUCCCCUCCCCUCCCCUUCGCGCCGCAUCGACUGAAAAUCUUUGAAUCAAACUCUCAUUUGUUUGGCUCUCUGAGCGCUGCUGAUAUUGCAGCAGUGAAUCUCUGUCUUUUCUGCGCUUUACGUGGGAGCCCAGAUGGAGUUUAAUCCCAUUUAAACAGACAAAUUAACUGUGAAAACUGUGGAAAAUGCUGAGUAUUUGGGAACCCAGAUGUGUGAAUUUGAGUGAUUGUGUGCUGCUGUUUGAUUCAUGCCCUGGUAUGAAACUCCGCAAAGAAAUAAAUCGGUCAGUGGUGAUAAAAUAAAUGAAGCUAUUUAAGUCAUCAUUACAGUAACUACUGAGAUAUUUAUAGCAGCUAAUUUUUUUUAAUAAUUUUUUGCAUCUGCCAGCUCGUUCUAAAUGUAGGAAUAAUUCACACCUACACUAUUCUGACAUUUAGCUUAACUCUCCUUUUCUGUAAAUACUUUUUCAAUUGGCACGCCUGCAGACUUUUUUGGGCAUGCAUAUUAAACAACACGAAGGGCACAAACAGUCAAGCAUUGCUAGAAGCCGGCGAACAACAAGGUCACGCAAAAGUCAAGUGAUUCGCACGCCGGCGAGUCAGUACGCUGCGAAUUAUGUGACUUUAAAUUAUGCGGAAGCGACGCUUCUCCCUCCGCCUCGUUCCCCGAAGAAAAGGUUGCUGCAGCCGAUAUUGUGUCGGCUUGCGGUUGGUGACACUUUGCACUAUUGAAUGUAAUUAAAAACUAAUCGGGAGCGCUGCCCAGCCAAGCGUGUUAACAGAAUUGACUAAUAUACCCACGGGGACGUCUCUCACUGAGGCGAAUUCUUCCCCUGCAGUAACCUCGCGAAUCGGCAGCCCUGUGUUACCUGGGCGGCGUGCGAACACACACCGAAUGGGAUUCGUGCCCACUACAGAUGUACUCCGCUCAGACUGCUGGUGUCUUAUUUAAGGAAACAAAAUGGAGAGUCUGUUUCCCCCAAGCUGGAGAUAUGGGAUACUGUUUUCCUCUAUUUGAGUCAAAAAAUACUUUAAAUUAAUAGUGGGGAAAAGUUGUUUUUUUUUUUUUUUUUUUCCCGUGGAAGUGGAAAAAAAAGUUUUCAGAAGGAAAUAUAAAUGAAUAUAUCUGAAUCUGGUCAAUAUCAGUGAUCUGCUUCCCCUAGAUUUUAUUCUUUGAGCAGAUUCUACUUAUCCGAUCACUGAUUUUUACAUCUUCCACUGUUAUUUUUGCCUUCCUCAAAAGUUGUUGGUGGGUUUGAAGCAUAAAGGGCGACACGUUCGACUACAAGCAGUGAGAAUCCUGCAGUCGAGCCGCUCUGGGCAGUGAAAACAAGCUGUAAAUACAUCGUAACUUGCAUUGCAAUCUGAAGAAAAACACAGUUGUUCAAAGUGUCGCCUCACAUUUCUCCUGACUGCCCGACACAUAUUUCACUACAUAUGGUUUCCCUGCAGGCUUUGUUUUAGAGAAUAAAUAGUAUAGAUGCAGUGUGUCUGAAUCAUUGGUUUCAUGAUUAUGUUUUAAACUAACGACUUUUCAAACACUUGAUGAUAAUUCCUUGAUUGCCAUGCAUUUUACAUUAAUAAUUUAUCAAAAAUUGAAGCUGUAGAUUAAUGUCUAAAUUCUGUUACUUUUGUUUUUAAUCUCAUAUUGAGGCGGAACUUUGCUCUCUGCUACAUUAUUCGGUUCGCAAUAAUAACACAUAUUUAUACAAAGUAUAAUCAACAAAGGAAGUGUUAGAAGUAGUUAACAUUAAUAAUAAAAUAAUUUAGAAAGUUAAUUCUUGCCUCGGGGGGGAAAUUCUCAGCACUUUUAGAAAUGCAAGCUCUAUAUUUGCCAGGUGCAGCAAAAUAUUACACACAUUAAUGCAGCGGCAUUAAUCCCAGAGUAUCCAUUAUUGAAAGCUCCUGUGUGAGUCGUGCUUUUACUUCUUGCUUCUUCCAGAAUGUUUUUAUUAGGAUAGUUCGAGAUGGAAUGUGAUGUCUUGUGCAGUAUAUAGUCCUGAUUGUCAAAAAAAAAAAAAAA